AUGUCUGCACCAGGUGAAGACAUACUACCUGCCGAUACGAAGAUUAGCAAGGAUGACGGUCGACAGUACUGGCAGGGCAUUGACGCAGACGUGAACGGAAUGCUCGGAGGCUUUCCCUACAUCUCAAAGGUCGACCUCCAGGGAUCCCGGAACUUCCUUGCAAAGCUCGGUAUUGGUACAAAGGAUGGCCAACAUACGGUCAGCAGCGCAUUGGAAGGUGGCGCCGGCAUCGGUAGGAUAACACAAGGUCUUCUCCUUGACAUCGCCGAGCAAGUAGACAUAGUGGAGCCGAUUGCAAAGUUCACCGACAGCUUGAGGGGUAAGAGCGGCGUUCGAAACAUCUAUAACAUCGGAUUGGAAGAAUGGGGUCCUAAGGAUGAUGUCAAAUACGAUCUGAUUUGGAAUCAGUGGUGUUUGGGACACUUGACGGAUGAGCAACUGAUCCACUAUUUGGAACGGUGCAAGACGGCUCUCAAGCCCGACAGUGGCCUCAUCGUCGUCAAGGAAAACCUCAGCACAAGUGGUACGGACCUAUUCGAUGAGGUGGAUAGCAGUGUGACGAGGAUCGACGAGAAGUUCCAGAGUCUGUUCAAGGGAGCAGGAUUAACAUUGAUCAAGACUGAAAUACAGCUCGGGUUUCCUAAGGAACUAUUUCCAGUCAGAAUGUACGCGCUGAAGCCAUGA